AUGACCACUAAUGAAAUUGAGUCAUUAGAGACUCCUAUCAGACGCGAGGACAACCUAACUGCAGCAGAAAGAAGAGCCUUGACAGAACUGAGCCAUGAACCAAAUCUGGUGAUCAAGGCUUCUGAUAAAGGUGGUAAUAUUAUCCUUCUGGACAAAAAUAAUUAUAUUGAGAUGUGUAUGGAACAUCUUCAAUAUAAACAGCAUUACAGCCAUCUUCCCAAGGAUCCUACCACAGAAUAUCUGAUUGAACUGAAAAGUAUAUUGGAAGCAGCAGAACUGGAUGGCAUCAUCAGUAAGGAUGAAUAUAAAUUUAUCAUCCUCAAUAUGACUCCAACAAUUGCCACCUUCUACUGCCUCCCCAAAAUCCACAAGAAUCCAGUCAAACCUCCUGGUAGACCAAUCGCAAUGGCUCCAUCACUGAAAGAAGCAGCCAAUUCCUGGAGAAAUUAUUACACCCCUUGGUCAUUAAACUAA